AUGUUACCAACGAAACGGAUGAUGGCCGUUAUACCAAAUUCAACAGAACAAGUCAAUUCGACUCGUGAUUAUGCUCAAUUCAAGCGUUUAUUUCACAUGGGAUCCGAACUGGGAAGGGGAGGUUUUGGAACCGUGUUCUCUGCAUUCAGAACUUCUGAUAAAUUAUCUUGUGCCGUGAAGUUUGUUAGCAGAAGUAAUGUAACAGAAUGGAGAUGUCAUGAAGGCAGGAUGUUGCCUCUAGAGAUUGUACUCCUGGACCAAUGUAAUGGAAUCCCCGGAGUUAUAAAUACUGUUGCAUGGUAUGAGAAGUCUGACGGUUAUAUGAUCGUUAUGGAACGACCUUGCGCAUCAGUUGAUCUUUUCGACUUCAUUUCCGAUCGUGGAAAAAUCUCUGAGGAUAUGUCCAGAGACUUUUUCAUGCAGAUAGUUAAUACUGUCAUUGAGUGUGAGAAGGUUGGUGUGAUCCACAGAGAUAUCAAAGACGAAAAUCUGGUGGUCGACAUGAAGGAAGGAAAAGUAAUGCUUGUCGACUUCGGUUCAGGAGCUUUCAAAAAGAAUGGACCUUAUACAGAUUUCGAAGGAACACGUGUGUACAGUCCACCAGAGUGGAUUCAGCAUGGAAGUUAUGAUGGGAUGCAGGCCACAGUCUGGUCUCUUGGAAUUCUCUUAUAUGAUAUGGUCUGUGGCGACAUUCCAUUCAGAAGAGAUAGCGAAAUUAUUGCCGGAAAUCUAUUAUGGAGAGGCGAAGUAUCAGAAAGCUGUAAAGAAUUGAUCCGUUGGUGCCUAAAGUUCAAGCCCGAAGAACGUCCUUCCCUCACUGAAAUUCUGCAGCACCCUUGGAUGAACCUUAAACAAGGAACGGAGAAUUUCGCUAAACAAGAAUUGAACGCCGAACGCCAAAAGAAAGCCUCUGUUCCCGCUCGCUUAUGCGAGAUCGUUGCUGACAGACCACAACAACCAAACCGCACUGAUUGCCCUACCCGUCACGGAAAUCACCCUCCAGUUUAUCAGCAUAGGAUGAACAAUGCCGACUCACCCUCAUCCAGUCGUGUAAUGCCGUCAUCUUCUUCAUCAGGAUUCUACGACUCCGUUCCUACUGAACGAGUGAAUCAUCCAGAAAUGUUCGAACCUUGCUGUUCUACUUCUCCGAUUUCAUCUUCAAUUCCCAUCGGUUCACCAUCGCGUAGAGUUCCUAUCAGAGGAGUGACAAAUCGGCUGGAGUCCAAACCUCCUGCACCCAAAGUUGAUGAUUCUACACCAUCCACAUCUCAAGCAGUGAAAGUGCCUGAAGUAACUGCUCCAACGCCCGGCUCUCCCAUGACAUCCAACUCUUCUAAUGAAAUGGAGAAUCAAGUUGCUCCUUUAACUAACAGUAUCCCCAAUCUAACAUUACGUCCGAAUCAUCGUCGUGCUGGUUCUUUGGGAUCUUGCAAUUUACUUUCCGCUCAUUCCAGUGGUAAUUCUUCUGGAUAUAGCACCUCUUCAGCUAGCCCACCCAUGUCCUCAGGGAAUAUGGUUCUGGGCUCGUAUUGA